AUGGCCAAGCACAGGAAGGCGCGGCCCCAUGGCGAGGACGCCGGCCCGCCGCCGCCACUGGCGGUCGAGAACAGCAACAACAAUUUAGAGGAAGCGGUAGAGGCCGACGCCAAGCAGCAGCAGCAGCUGAAGGAGACGAAGCCGGCCGCGCAGAGCUUCGGGUCGCAGGUGGAGGCGCUGGCGCAGCUGCUCAUGGACGCCAACGCGCCCGCCGUGGGCGUGGACCUGCGCGGCCGCGUGACGGUCUGGAACCGGCGCAUGGAGGAGAUCACGGGCUUCCACGCCGAGCGCGUGCGGGGCCGCCCCAUCUCCGACUUCGUGUACGGCGCGCAGCGCAAGCGCGAGAUCCAGAGCGUCGUGGACGGCUGUCUGCGCGACAAGCGGCCGGUGCUGGAGCUGCGCGUGCCGCUGCUCACGACCACGGGCCGCAACGCCGAGGUGCUGACCAACAUGACGCCCCUGCUGGCUGAAGACGGCGCGUGCGUGGGCGUCUACGGCGUGGGCCAGGACGUGACGGAGUGGGCCAUCCAGGAGAAGCAGUACGCUACGGUCAUGAUGCAGGCCAACGCGCCCAUCAUUGAGCUGGACAAGGAAGGGAACAUCACGGUCUGGAACUCCAAGACCGCGUCCAUGACGGGAUAUGCUAGUGUGGACAUGGUGGGCGAGCCGCUGCUGCCUGUGGUGGACCGCAACUUCAGGAAGAUCGUGUCGGAGAAGAUCGACCAGGCGCUCUCGGGCAUCGCAGGCGCAGACUUUGAGCUGCCGCUGGUGACAGCCAGAGGAUCCAGAGUGGAGAUCGUGUUGUGCUUGACCCCGAGGUUCGACACGCUCGGGUCUGUAAUGGGCGUCGUGGCUAUUGGACAGGAUGUUACCGAGAGAAAUACGAAGGAGAUGGAGUACAGGAAGCUCAUCGAGACGGCCAACGCGCCCAUCUUCGGCGUGGAUACCCAGGGCCGAGUGGUCAUUUUCAACACGAAAGCAGCACAGAUUAGCGAGUAUGCGCCUGAGGAAGUGAUGGGCGUGGACCUGGUGGAGACGCUGAUCGCCAAGGAUUUCCGGUCCGAGGUGGCUGCAGUCUUCCAGAGCGCGUUUCAGGGAAUCGAGACGGCCAACUUUGAGUUCCCGUUGGUCACCAAGACGGGAAGGAAAGUGGAGAUUUUGCUGAACGCUACGCCGCGGUAUGAUCACACAGGCCAGCUAGUGGGCGUCGUGGGCAUCGGUCAGGAUAUAACGGAUCGUAUCAUCCAGGAGAAGGAGUACAGCCGGCUGAUCGACACCGCUAACGCCCCCAUCUUCGGCGUCGACUGCAACUUUGAAGUGAUUAUCUGGAACAAAAAGGCAGCAGCAAUCACCGACUACACGAAUGAAGACACAAUAGGCCAGAAGAUCUUCAAGUUCAUCUCCGAGGAUUAUCGUGAUGCCGUGGGCAAAGUUCUCUCCAAGGCAAUGGAGGGAGAGGGCACAGCAAACUUUGACUUCCCAUUGAUCACGAAAAAUGGGCGCCGAUUGGAUAUUCUGCUGAAUGCGACGCCAAAGUACGAUCACUUUGGCAAUAUUAGCGGGGCUGUCGGAAUCGGUCAGGAUAUCACAGAUAGACGUGCUCAAGAGCAGGAGUACACUCGCCUCAUCGACACAGCUAAUGCACCAAUCUUUGGUGUCGAUGGAAAUGGCUGUGUGAAUAUCUGGAACCGCAAAGCUGCUGAGACGACACAGUACCCGAAUGAAGAAGUGCUUGGAGUAAAUUUGGUCGAAAACUUCAUCCCGGACGAUUUCCAGGAGGCCGUCUGGACGGUAUUUUCCCAAGCGCUAAAAGGGCAAGAAACUGCAAAUUUUGAGUUCCCGCUGAUUACGAAGGAUGGCCGCCGCCUAGAGAUUCUGUUGAACGCCACACCGCGCUACAACGAAAAAGGCACCGUCAUUGGUGUCGUAGGUAUUGGGCAGGAUAUCACAGUUCGAAUGGCUCAAGAGAAGGAAACCAACCGGCUGAUCCACUCGGCAAAUGCUCCGAUCUUCGGUGUAGACCAGGAUGGCCUGGUGAACAUUUGGAAUAUGAAGGUGGCAGAGAUCACCCAAUUUUCGUCUGAGGAAGUGAUGGGAAGAGAUCUCGUAAACCGAUUUGUCGCUGAAGAUCAUCGUGAAUCAGUAGGUCUGUUGCUGCGGAAGGCCCUCCAAGGAGAGCAAACUGGCAAUUUCGACUUCCCUCUAAUUACCAAGACAGGGCGGAGAGUUGAGAUUCUACUGAAUGCGACCCCGCGGUACGAUGAGCUAGGCCAAAUUUUUGGUGUGAUGGGGAUUGGCCAAGACAUCACGGAACGAAUUGCCCAGGAGCAGGAGUACAUCCGCCUGAUUGAUACUGCCAACGCCCCCAUUUUCGGCGUUGACUCCGAAGGCCGCGUGAACAUUUGGAACAAGAAGGCUGCGGAGAUCAUGCAGUACACGACGGAUGCAGUGAUGGGCGAGAAGCUCGUGGAGAAAUACAUCACGAAGGACUACCAGGAGGCUGUUAGCUAUGUGCUGUCUGAGGCGCUGAAUGGUGUCGAAACAGCCAACUUUGAGUUCCCGCUGAUCACAAAGGCUGGUCGACGCGUUGAGAUUUUGUUGAACGCUACGCCUCGGUAUAACGAGCAUGGUGCAGUAAUUGGCAUGGUUGGUAUCGGACAGGAUAUUACGGAUCGUAUCGCGCAAGAGCAGGAGUACAUGCGUCUGAUUGAUACGGCCAACGCUCCGAUCUUUGGUGUCGACAUCAAUGGUCGUGUCAACAUUUGGAACAGGAAGGCUGCCGACACGAUGCAGUACACCACAGAGGAUGUUCUCGGCAAGGACUUGGUUGCUGAGUUCAUCUCGGAGGAGUACAAGGUGCCCGUGCGUAGUGUGCUGGAGAAGGCGUUCGAAGAUGUAGAGACGGCGAAUUUCGAGUUCCCAUUGAUCACCAAGGCCGGUCGUCGCGUAGAGAUUUUGCUGAAUGCGACUCCCCGGUAUAACGAGCAGGGUCAAGUCAUGGGUAUGGUGGGUAUCGGUCAAGAUAUCACAGUACGGAUGGCACAAGAGAAGGAAAAGAACCGGAUGAUCCACACUGCCAACGCUCCAAUUUUCGGUGUAGACCAGGAUGGCCUGGUGAACAUUUGGAAUCUGAAGGUGGCGGAGAUUACGCAGUUCUCGUCAGAAGAAGUCAUGGGGCAAGACCUCGUGAACCGGUUCGUUGCAGAAGACUACCGGGAAGAAGUGAUGUCAAAUUUGCAGAAAGCGUUAAAUGGAGAACCGACCGGUAACUUCGACUUCCCUCUAAUUACCAAGACAGGGCGGAGAGUUGAGAUUCUACUCAAUGCUACACCACGGUAUGACGAGUUAGGCCAGAUAUUUGGAGCAACGGGAAUCGGCCAAGACAUCACGGAACGAAUUGCCCAGGAGCAGGAGUACAUCCGCCUGAUUGAUACUGCCAACGCCCCCAUUUUCGGCGUUGAUUCCGAAGGCCGCGUGAACAUUUGGAACAAGAAGGCUGCGGAGAUCAUGCAGUACACGACGGAUGCAGUGAUGGGUGAGAAGCUCGUGGAGAAGUACAUCACGAAGGACUACCAGGAGGCUGUUAGCUAUGUGCUGUCUGAGGCGCUGAAUGGUGUCGAAACAGCCAACUUUGAGUUCCCGCUGAUUACGAAGGCGGGCCGACGUGUCGAAAUCUUGCUGAACGCUACGCCUCGGUAUAACGAGCAUGGUGCAGUGAUCGGCAUGGUUGGUAUUGGGCAGGAUAUUACGAAUCGAAUCGCCCAAGAGCAGGAGUACAUGCGUCUGAUCGAUACGGCAAACGCUCCGAUCUUUGGUGUCGAUAUCAAUGGUCGAGUGAAUAUUUGGAACCGAAAAGCGGCGCAUAUUAUGCAGUACACCACUGAAGAUGUCCUCGGCAAGGAUCUGGUCGCUGAGUUCAUCUCCAAGGAAUACAAGGUGCCCGUGCGUAGUGUUCUGGAGAAGGCUUUCGAGGGUGUGGAGACGGCGAAUUUCGAGUUCCCGUUGAUUACGAAGGCUGGUCGUCGUGUAGAAAUCUUGCUAAAUGCAACCCCUCGAUACAAUGAACAGGGUCAAGUCAUGGGCAUGGUGGGCAUCGGCCAAGAUAUCACGGAGCGUAUCGCCCAAGAGCAAGAACACAGUCGAAUGAUCGAUACGGCUAAUGCCCCGAUUUUCGGCGUUGACAUUAACGGGCACGUGAACAUUUGGAACCGCAAGGCAGCGGACAUCAUGCAAUACACCAACGAGGAUGUGCUGGGCAAGGAUCUGGUCGCUGAGUUCAUUUCGAACGAGUACAAGGUGCCUGUGCGAAGCGUGUUGGAGAAGGCAUUCGAAGGCGUUGAGACGGCCAAUUUUGAGUUCCCGCUCAUCACGAAGGCCGGUCGGCGCGUGGAGAUUUUGCUCAAUGCCACGCCGCGCUAUAACGAACAUGGUGAGGUCAUGGGUAUGGUCGGUAUCGGCCAGGAUAUUACAGAACGUAUUGCUCAAGAGCAGGAGUACAGCCGCUUGAUUGAUACGGCGAAUGCUCCGAUUUUCGGCGUUGACAUCAAUGGCCAUGUGAACAUUUGGAACCGUAAGGCCGCCGAUAUCAUGCAGUACACGAACGAGGAUGUGCUCGGCAAGGAUUUGGUGGCGGAGUUCAUCUCGGAAGAGUACAAGGUGCCUGUGCGCAGUGUGCUUGAGAAGGCUUUCGAGGGUGUGGAGACCGCGAACUUUGAAUUCCCGUUGAUCACGAAGGCUGGACGUCGCGUGGAGAUUCUGUUGAACGCCACGCCCCGAUACAAUGAGCACGGUGAAGUAAAGGGUAUGGUUGGUAUUGGUCAGGAUAUUACGGAGCGCAUUGCUCAGGAACAGGAGUACAGCCGUUUGAUCGAUACGGCCAACGCUCCAAUUUUCGGAGUAGACAUCAACGGCCGCGUAAAUAUUUGGAACCGAAAGGCGGCUGGUAUCAUGCAGUACACCAACGAAGACGUGCUUGGUAAGGACCUCGUUGCCGAGUUCAUAUCCAACGAGUAUAAGGUGCCUGUGCGUAGCGUGUUGGAGAAGGCUUUCGAGGGUGUGGAGACCGCGAAUUUCGAAUUCCCGUUGAUCACGAAGGCUGGCAGACGUGUUGAGAUUUUGUUGAACGCUACACCGCGAUACAACGAGCACGGGGAAGUUAAGGGUAUGGUGGGUAUUGGUCAGGAUAUCACGGAGCGUAUCGCGCAGGAACAAGAAUAUAGCCGUUUGAUUGACACAGCUAAUGCUCCAAUCUUCGGCGUUGAUAUCAACGGUCGUGUGAACAUUUGGAACCGCAAAGCAGCAGAUAUCAUGCAGUACACCAACGAAGACGUAUUGGGCAAGGACUUGGUUGCCGAGUUUAUCUCAGAGGAGUACAAGGUGCCUGUGCGUAGUGUUCUGGAGAAGGCUUUCGAAGGCGUUGAGACGGCGAAUUUCGAGUUCCCUCUCAUCACAAGAGCUGGUCGACGUGUCGAAAUUCUAUUGAAUGCCACACCCCGCUACAACGAACGUGGUGAGGUGAUGGGAAUGGUCGGUAUUGGCCAGGAUAUCACCGACCGUAUUGCUCAGGAGCAAGAAUACACGAGACUGAUCGAUUCUGCGAACGCACCGAUCUUUGGCGUGGACACGAACGGCUGUGUGAAUAUCUGGAACAAGAAGGCUGCUGAAAUCACGCAGUACACACCGAAUGACGUGAUGGGCGAGAAUCUGGUGGAGAAGUUCAUCACGGAAGACUACCGUGAGGCCGUUCGUCUCGUUUUCUCGAAGGCGGGCGAGGGCACGGAGACGGCGAACUUCGAGUUCCCACUGAUUACGAAGACUGGCCGCCGCGUGGAGAUUCUGCUGAACGCUACGUCUCGAUUCAAUGAGAUUGGUGAGGUUAUUGGUGUUGUGGGCAUCGGCCAGGACAUCACGGAGCGCAUUGCGCAGGAGCAGGAGUACACGCGUCUUAUCGAUACGGCUAACGCUCCGAUCUUUGGCGUCGAUAUCAAUGGCCGUGUGAAUAUCUGGAACCGAAAGGCUGCUGAGAUCAUGCAGUACACCACAGAGGAUGUUCUCGGCAAGGAUCUGGUCGCUGAGUUUAUCUCCAAGGAAUACAAGGUCCCCGUUCGCAGUGUUCUGGAGAAGGCGUUCAAGGAUGUGGAGACGGCAAACUUCGAGUUCCCGUUGAUUACGAAGGCCGGUCGGCGCGUGGAGAUUUUGCUCAAUGCCACGCCGCGCUAUAACGAACAUGGUGAGGUCAUGGGUAUGGUCGGUAUCGGCCAGGAUAUUACAGAACGUAUUGCUCAAGAGCAGGAGUACACGCGCCUGAUCGAUACGGCGAAUGCUCCGAUUUUCGGUGUUGACAUCAAUGGCCAUGUGAACAUUUGGAACCGCAAGGCAGCGGACAUCAUGCAAUACACCAACGAGGAUGUGCUGGGCAAGGAUCUGGUCGCUGAGUUCAUUUCGAACGAAUACAAGGUGCCUGUGCGAAGCGUGUUGGAGAAGGCAUUCGAAGGCGUUGAGACGGCCAAUUUUGAGUUCCCGCUCAUCACGAAGGCAGGUCGUCGCGUGGAAAUUCUACUGAAUGCCACUCCUCGAUACAACGAGCGUGGCGAGGUCAUGGGCAUGGUGGGUAUCGGCCAGGAUAUUACAGAACGUAUUGCUCAAGAGCAGGAGUACAGCCGCUUGAUUGAUACGGCGAAUGCUCCGAUUUUCGGCGUUGACAUCAAUGGCCAUGUGAACAUUUGGAACCGUAAGGCCGCCGAUAUCAUGCAGUACACGAACGAGGAUGUGCUCGGCAAGGAUUUGGUGGCGGAGUUCAUCUCGGAAGAGUACAAGGUGCCUGUGCGCAGUGUGCUUGAGAAGGCUUUCGAGGGUGUGGAGACCGCGAACUUUGAAUUCCCGUUGAUCACGAAGGCUGGACGUCGCGUGGAGAUUCUGUUGAACGCCACGCCCCGAUACAAUGAGCACGGUGAAGUAAAGGGUAUGGUUGGUAUUGGUCAGGAUAUUACGGAGCGCAUUGCUCAGGAACAGGAGUACAGCCGUUUGAUCGAUACGGCCAACGCUCCAAUUUUCGGAGUAGACAUCAACGGCCGCGUAAAUAUUUGGAACCGAAAGGCGGCUGGUAUCAUGCAGUACACCAACGAAGACGUGCUUGGUAAGGACCUCGUUGCCGAGUUCAUAUCCAACGAGUAUAAGGUGCCUGUGCGUAGCGUGUUGGAGAAGGCUUUCGAGGGUGUGGAGACCGCGAAUUUCGAAUUCCCGUUGAUCACGAAGGCUGGCAGACGUGUUGAGAUUUUGUUGAACGCUACACCGCGAUACAAUGAACGUGGUGAGGUCAUGGGUAUGGUCGGUAUCGGCCAGGAUAUCACGGAGCGCAUCGCUCAGGAACAAGAGUACAGCCGGUUGAUUGACACAGCUAAUGCUCCAAUCUUCGGCGUUGAUAUCAACGGUCGUGUGAACAUUUGGAAUAGGAAGGCUGCCGAUACUAUGCAGUACACCACUGAAGAUGUGUUUGGCAAGGAUUUGGUGGCGGAGUUCAUUUCGAACGAGUACAAGGUGCCUGUGCGUAGUGUGCUGGAGAAGGCGUUCGAAGGCGUAGAGACGGCGAAUUUCGAGUUCCCAUUGAUCACCAAGGCCGGUCGUCGCGUAGAGAUUUUGCUGAAUGCUACACCGCGCUACAAUGAACGUGGUGAGGUCAUGGGCAUGGUGGGUAUCGGCCAGGAUAUCACUGAACGCAUCGCUCAGGAGCAGGAGUACAGCCGUUUGAUUGAUACGGCGAAUGCUCCAAUCUUUGGUGUGGAUGCUAACAUGCGAAUCAAUAUCUUCAAUCGGAAAGCGCAACAGACCACGAACUUUCCGGUAGAAGAGGUUGUGGGUGAGAACGUUGAAACCAUUAUCGCCCCAGAGUUCAAGUCGAUGACAUACGAUAUCAUGUGCAAAGCACUACAAGGAAACGAAACUGCUAGCUUCGAAUUGGCGCUCGAAACAAAAACUGGUCGUAGAGUGAACAUCCUGCUGAACGCAACGGCCCGCUUUGAUCAGCACGGACGGAUCGUUGGUGUCGUUGGUAUCGGCCAGGAUAUCACCGACCGUAUUGCUCAGGAGCAAGAAUACACGAGACUGAUCGACUCUGCGAACGCACCGAUCUUUGGCGUGGACACGAACGGCUGUGUGAAUAUCUGGAACAAGAAGGCUGCUGAAAUCACGCAGUACACACCGAAUGACGUGAUGGGCGAGAAUCUGGUGGAGAAGUUCAUCACGGAAGACUACCGUGAGGCCGUUCGUCUCGUUUUCUCGAAGGCGGGCGAGGGCACGGAGACGGCGAACUUCGAGUUCCCACUGAUUACGAAGACUGGCCGCCGCGUGGAGAUUCUGCUGAACGCUACGUCUCGAUUCAAUGAGAUUGGUGAGGUUAUUGGUGUUGUGGGCAUCGGCCAGGACAUCACGGAGCGCAUUGCGCAGGAGCAGGAGUACACGCGUCUUAUCGAUACGGCUAACGCUCCGAUCUUUGGCGUCGAUAUCAAUGGCCGUGUGAAUAUCUGGAACCGAAAGGCUGCUGAGAUCAUGCAGUACACCACAGAGGAUGUUCUCGGCAAGGAUCUGGUCGCUGAGUUUAUCUCCAAGGAAUACAAGGUCCCCGUUCGCAGUGUUCUGGAGAAGGCGUUCAAGGAUGUGGAGACGGCAAACUUCGAGUUCCCGUUGAUUACGAAGGCCGGUCGGCGCGUGGAGAUUUUGCUCAAUGCCACGCCGCGCUAUAACGAACAUGGUGAGGUCAUGGGUAUGGUCGGUAUCGGCCAGGAUAUUACAGAACGUAUUGCUCAAGAGCAGGAGUACACGCGCCUGAUCGAUACGGCGAAUGCUCCGAUUUUCGGUGUUGACAUCAAUGGCCAUGUGAACAUUUGGAACCGUAAGGCCGCCGAUAUCAUGCAGUACACGAACGAGGAUGUGCUCGGCAAGGAUUUGGUGGCGGAGUUCAUCUCGGAAGAGUACAAGGUGCCUGUGCGCAGUGUGCUUGAGAAGGCUUUCGAGGGUGUGGAGACCGCGAACUUUGAAUUCCCGUUGAUCACGAAGGCUGGACGUCGCGUGGAGAUUCUGUUGAACGCCACGCCCCGAUACAAUGAGCACGGUGAAGUAAAGGGUAUGGUUGGUAUUGGUCAGGAUAUUACGGAGCGCAUUGCUCAGGAACAGGAGUACAGCCGUUUGAUCGACACGGCAAAUGCUCCCAUUUUUGGCGUUGAUGCCAAUAUGUGUGUCAAUAUCUGGAACCGAAAGGCGGCACAGAUUACCAACUACUCGAUUGAGGAAGUUAUGGGCGAGAAUCUGGUGGAAACCUUCAUUUCUCCGGAGUUCCGACCGAUUGUGGCUGAAGUGCUCUCGCUAGCCCUUACGGGAGUUGAGACCGCGAACUUUGAAUUCCCAUUGAUUACCCGUCCUGGCACGAGAAUCGAGAUUUUGCUAAAUGCAACGCCCCGAUACGACUUAAACGGUAACAUCGUCGGUGUUGUCGGCAUUGGUCAAGAUAUUACGGAUCGCAUCGCCCAGGAGCAUGAGUACUUCCGAUUGAUUGAUACUGCGAAUGCCCCGAUUUUUGGUAUCGAUACGAAUGGCCGUAUCAACGAGUGGAACCAGAAAAUCGAGGAGAUCACUGGCUACCACAAGUCGAGCGUACUCGGCCUAUCGCUGGUGCAUACGUUCAUCACGCCAGAGUCUAGGCAGCAAGUGCGGCAGUUGCUGAACCAGGCGUUGAUUGGUAUUGACGUUGGCGAGAUGGAGCUUCCCAUGACGACGAAGCGUGGCGUGUUCCUGCUGCUACUUGUGAAUGCUUCAAGUAAGAAGGAUAUGCAUGGAAACAUUCGUGGUGUGAUUGGUGUUGGACAAGAUUACACUGCGAGGAAGCACAUGGAGGCUGCUAAGGUGAACUUCUUGGCCUCAUUCAGCCACGAGUUGAGAACGCCGUUGAACGGCGUGCUUGGAAUGUUGGAGCUGUUGAAGGAGCAGCCCCUCGACAAGUCAAUCGAGAGAUACGUGCACAUGGCGUAUGUAUCAGGCUCGCUCCUGCUCAAUCUGAUCAAUGACAUUCUGGACUUGUCGAAGAUCGAGGCUGGGCAUCUUGAAAUUUCGGCUGCUCCCUUCCAGAUGCAUGAACUAUUGGACUAUUCGAUUGAGAUUUUCAAGUUCAAGGCCCGGGAGCGUGGACUCAAGCUUGAGCUAAAGAGCGGUGAUAAUGUGCCGAAGGCUGUAAUUGGUGAUGUUGUACGUCUACGUCAAGUUCUGUUGAACCUGCUAUCAAACGCAAUCAAGUUCACCAAUGAAGGCUCUAUUACGGUCGCAUGCAGCGUGGUGAAUUCUCCAGACUUGCCGCCACAAUUCAGAAAGCUCCUGUUCCAAGUUAUCGACACUGGAAUCGGUAUGGAUGCCGAGGAGAAGAUGCGCCUCUUCUCCUUGUUUACGAAAUUGGAGCGAACUCGCCAAAACAACCCUACUGGCUCCGGUCUGGGUCUUGCAAUUUGCAAGCAGCUUGCGGAGCUCAUGGAUGGAUCUAUCGACGUUGACAGUGAGCUGGGAGUUGGUAGCAACUUCUUCUUUACGGUGGUUGUGCGAUUGAUCGAUGAGGUCGACCCCAAACACGCGUACUACACGAACGAGGACUUCUUUGAUCCGCCCUUGCCCAUGUUAUCCGACGGAUCAACCCGCACUGGAGACAACAGCGAGACUGCAUCCGUACGCGUGGAGAUCCCGACCCAGGCGCGCAUUCUGGUCGUCGAGGACAACGAGUUCAACUGGGAAGUUGUCAAGUGCUUCCUUCAGCAAGAUGACCACAUGCUCCAGUGGGAGGUCAACGGUCGUGAUGCUGUCAAGGCUUACAGCGAAAACCACGCCGAGUUCGACCUGAUCUUCAUGGAUUGCGAGAUGCCGAUCAUGGAUGGCUACACAGCGACCGCGACAAUCCGCGAGUUUGAGCGUGAGUUCAAUCUUCCGCGUAUCCCGAUUCUUGGAUUAACCGCGUACGCGAUGAGUGGUGACCGGCAGAAGUGUCUGGACUGCGGCAUGGACGAGUUUAUGGUGAAACCCAUCUCAAAGCUGAGCCUCCGUAAGGCUAUUCGACAGUGGAUGCGUAUUCGCUACCUCGGCCAGCAGAACGCAGCUCUCGCACAGAUACCCGGUUCAGUUGGGCACGUGGCUGCAGCAAGGCAGAAUGGAUCAAAGCCAACCGUGAAGAGCCCGGUGCGGAUUGCGAUGGCGCCGCCUGGUGCUCCAACGCCGAUGCCUUCGUUCGAAAAUGAUCUUGAGGACGUGACACUGAUGGACGCGGCAUCGACUGCUCGCCUUGCACCUGCAUCUCGCCACAUGCAGCAACUGGAUCUAGCGCAGGCCAUCUCGAAUCUGGAGCUGGACGAUCCCAUGUCAAUUGGGCUACAAAGUGGCCGAGCUACUCGAACUGCCACACCGACGACAUCGAUCUUCAGUCUGGGCCCCUCCGUAAACAACAAUGUCGCGCGACAAACGAGCUCAAACGACUUGCCAGAUUUGCUCCGGUUAUCAAGGAACACGAGCGGCGCAUCAACUGCCAGCCCACCCGAGCCAGAGAACACAACGUCCGAGACUUCAGCUACGUUGCCCUACAUCAAAGCCCCGUUCGCUGGAGUGACGAUCCCAGCCUCCUCUGGACAGCGCUCGUCGUUGCCAACAAACCCGACACUCUGGAGCCACCCACCGUUCAACAAGAAGGAUCUGCCGGAAGGACGACUGCAGUCCUGGUCCGGCUUGGUGCCGAAGAAGAAGGUCAGCUUCCAUGAGGAGCUAGGGUCAACUCAUCCUAGCCGCGGAGGGCUCAGCAGCAGUGGUGGCAGCGCAAUGCCUUCGUUGCUUGAGCGUAUGGAAACUGGAAGCUCGGUUGAAGAUGAGCCUCCUGUCGUGGCUACUGCUCAACAUGGAGAGGGCGAGGCCGCCGUUUCUCACUCAAUCGAUCCCAUGAGCAUCGAGAUUCCUGAAGGAGACCCAGUCAAUUACUCGCUGGGCGUGGAACAGUGUGGAGGUCACGAGGAGCUCUUCAUGACUCUCUUGGAGAAGUUUGCGACUACCUCAGAGGCAAUUACGUCGCGGGUGGUCGAAGCUCACGAGCGCAAUGAUUUCGUUACUGCUCGUCGGGAAACUCAUUCGCUCAAGGGGUCGUCUGCUUAUGUCGCCGCUCUUCGCGUGUCAAAGUGUGCGUUCCGCGUCCAGGUUGCGUACGAACACCUGAUGGCUCAGCAGGCGAAUGGUGAGGGCUCUGAUACCCUUGCUGCGAAGCAGAUCGUCGACGACUCGGUCAAGUUGCUGACCAAGGAGCAGCGACUUCUGCGUGGAUACCUCCGCCGCAACUUUGAGUUCAACUCUGAAGCGAGAUCGUCCCAGACAUCGACUGGCCAGCAGCCCGACAACCAAGACAAACCAACCGGCCCAUGCUGCGUUAUGUGAAAACAAGACUUAGCUUUGAUGUGCGUCGAUGAGUAAGUUUAUAAAAUAAAAGAUUGUUUUGCUUCCGU